CAGCAAUCCCAGCACACUUCUUAAACUGCUCCUCCCCAAAACCCCCUUACUCCUUAAAACCGCGCUGUGGCACACGCUCGCGCUCUCAGCAACGAGUUCGAAAUGGGAUCUGAAAACCGAAGUUACAGUGACGCUGCUGCGCAAUAUGAUGGCGCCGGGUGGGAAUAGUACUAAGGGCCCAACGCCGAUUUCGGUGCUGCAGCGGAUGACGUGUCGGGAUCCGGGGGUUAGGGGCAGGAUUUGGGUGGCAAAGGUACGGUUUGGCGUGCCUGGGGGAGUGGGAGUGUUGAAAGGGGAAUCUGGGGAAAGGGAAGAGGAAGGGGAGGAUGACGUACGAAAUACCGUUUUCAACGCCAUACAGGAAAUGCGCGAACCCUACGACCCGUACGACGACAUCCACUGGGACCACAAGAUAGGCUCGCACCCGCUCACGGCAGAAUGGACGGGCUACCGUUCCGCCGCCGACGCCAACACGCCCGAACCAGCUGAUGUGAGCGAAGCGCAGAAGUACGAAUGCCUAAUGCAAGAAACAACAAGCAAGAUCACAACGCUGUAUUUCCACGGCGGCGCAAUGUACCUCCUAGACCCGGCGACGACGCGCGCAACAACCGGGCGAUUAGCACGCGAAACCGGGGGCCGGGUCUUCAGCGUACGGUACCGGCUGGCGCCGCAGAAUGCGUUUCCAGCGGCGCUCCUGGAUGCGUUUACCGCGUACCUGACGUUGUUGGCGCCGCCGGCGGGAUCGCUGCAUGAGGCUGUGGCUGCGAGCGAGAUAGUUUUUGCGGGCGACUCGGCGGGCGGCACGUGUUGCACUGCGUUGCUGCAGCUGCUGUUGCAUUUGCAUCGACAGGCACCGGCGGGACAAGUGCCCCGCGUGCGGUUUCACGGGAAAAAUGUUAGUAUUCCGUUACCUGCGGGCGUGGCGCUGGCGUCGCCGUGGCUGGAUAUCACGCGCGGGCUACCGUCGAUUGAGUCGGCCGUCGCGUUUGACUAUCUGCCUGCGCCGAGUGCGCUGGCGACGCACGAGUAUCCUGUUGAGGAGGGCGUGUGGCCUGCGGAGCCGCCGCGCGCGGAUUUAUAUUGUGAGGCGGGGGCGCUGCUGCAUCCGCUUGUGUCGCCGUUGGCAGCGAAGAGUUGGACGGGGAGUCCGCCGCUGUUCUUCUCCGUCGGCCACGAGAUGCUGCGGGAUGAGGAUGCCGUGUUGGCGCAGCGUGCCGUGGCGCAGAAUGUGCCUGUUGUGUGGCGCGAGUUCGAGGCUAUGCCGCAUUGCUUCGCUAUGCUGCUGGAGGGCAUUGCCGAGACGCAGGUGCAUUGGGAGGAAUUCGCGAGCUUUUGUCGCCAUGUGGUACAGGACCGGGACAGCGUGGUUACGAAUGAAACCAGCAAUACCCACUCCAACCACAAAAAAGACAAACGAUAA